AUGGCUGCUAACGUGAAACAGCAGCUUGCUCAACUUAUGAGCUUGUCCCAUGCAAGUGGAUCUCACAAAGACGUUACAGAAAAGUACAAAAGCACCUUGGAAGGGAUCAUCAAAGCAGGAGGAGAUGAACUGGUGCCUUCUCUUCAAGUUUUCAUUGAAGCUUUGGUGAGUGAAGGAGUCAGCUUGGUCAUCUCACGACAGAUACUCACAGAUUUUACUGCACAGCUAUCCAGAAUGCCUGAUGCUGUUGCCAAGGAGGUUUCUCAUUUCACUCUGGAAAAGAUUCAGGCUCGAGUUAUUUCAUUUGAAGAGCAGGUUGCAACAAUUCGACAACAUCUAGCAAGCAUAUAUGAGCGAGAAGAGAGUUGGAGAGAGGCUGCUACUGUUUUGGUUGGUAUACCUCUAGAAACUGGACAGAAACAGUACAGUGCAGACUACAAGCUUGAAACCUAUCUAAAGAUAGCUCGCUUGUUCUUGGAAGAUGAAGAUGCUAACCAGGCAGAUGCCUACAUAAACAGGGCAUCAUUGUUGCAGGCAGAAUCAAAAAAUGAGGAACUGCAGAUUGUUUACAAGGCUUGCUAUGCCAGAGUGCUGGAUUUUCGUCGCAAGUUUAUUGAAGCUGCUCAGAGGUACAAUGAACUAUCAUAUAAAAGUAUGGUUUCUGAAGAAGAACGGAUGACAGCACUAAAGAAUGCAUUAAUCUGCACUGUGUUGGCAUCAGCAGGUCAGCAACGAUCCAGAAUGCUUGCAACUCUGUUUAAAGAUGAAAGAUGUCAGCAGUUGCCAGCUUUUAACAUCCUAGAAAAAAUGUAUUUAGACAGAAUUAUCCGCAGUUCAGAUCUUGUUGAUUUUGCAGCAUUACUUCUACCUCACCAGAAAGCAAUAACUUCAGAUGGUUCCACAAUUUUGAACAGAGCUGUCACUGAGCACAAUCUCCUGUCUGCCAGCAAACUCUACAACAACAUUUCUUUCGAAGAGCUUGGCUCUUUGUUAGAGAUUCCACCCAGCAAGGCUGAGAAAAUUGCUUCUCAGAUGAUAACAGAAGGCCGUAUGAAUGGCUACGUUGAUCAGAUAGAUUCCACAGUUCAUUUUGAAGCUCGAGAGACACUGCCCAUGUGGGAUCGUCAGAUUCAAAGCCUUUGUUUCCAAGUGAACAACAUAAUAGAGAAACUCUCUGUGGCUGAACCAGAGUGGUUUACAAAGACAUUGGAAAAAUGCUCGGAUUGA